CGCAUUCCCGUCGCUUCUAAAACUGUCGGCGGAAAACCACCAAUCGUUUCUUUUCACAGGGAGAUAGCGAGAGAGAGAGAGGUCGAGUGGGCGUUCGGGUCGCGAAGGGAGGGAGGCGGCGGAUCUGGGGAGGCGAGGAUCAUGAGGAGAACGGGGUCGGACGGGGGACCGGCGGCGGAGUUGGAGGAGGCGGGGAGGGAGGUGGAGUGGGAGAUGAGACCCGGGGGGAUGCUGGUCCAGAAGCGGCCGGCGGAUCCCGGGGCUGCGGCGGCGCCGGAGGUGCGAGUGCGGAUCUCGUACGGCCCUGCCAGGUACGAGGUGUCCGUCAGCUCCCUCGCCACCUUCGGGGAGUUGAAGAAGCUUCUGACGGCGGAGACGGGGUUGCAGCCGGGGGAGCAGAGGCUGAUGUACAGAGGGAAGGAGAGGAGGGACGGCGAAUACCUGGAUCUUUGUGGAGUGAAGAACCUGUCGAAGAUGGUGUUGGUCCAGGACCCGACGAGCCUCGAGAGGAGAUACGUGGAGAUGAGGAGGAAUGCCAGGAUCCAUAGCGCCCAACGAACCAUCUCCGACGUAUCUCUGGAGGUCGACAAGUUGGCCGACCAGGUUACUGCCAUAGAGAAAUCUAUAUCCAAUGGGAAUAAGGUAGCAGAAGUACAGAUCACAACAUUGAUAGAAUUGCUUAUGAGACAAGCAGUCAAACUAGAUUGUAUCCCUACUGAAGGAGACGCUUCUUCCCAGAAAAAUCUACAGGCUAAGAGGGUGCAAAAGUGUGUUGAAAUUUUAGAUGUUCUCAAGAUCUCAAAUGCCAGAUUAAAUCCUGUGGUCAUUACAACUAAGUGGGAAAUAUUUGAUCCCCCAACAACGACACGAUGGGAAUUUUUUGACUGAAGAUUCUCUAGUUUUACCCUGCUCAUCUUUCAUUCGUUUAAUGUACCUUAUAGCUGAUAGGCCAUGAACAAGCUAAGUGUAUUCAUACCUUCUAUCAAUUGAUUGACUCAAUAAAAGCACUGUCUCUGCCAUUCAUGGUUUAUCAUUCUAA